AUGCUGUGCAUUUCUGAUUGGUAUCAGAAGUAUAACCAGAUGAGGGAGGAAGAAGAGCAGGAGACAGCAGAAAAAGCCAAGUUGCGCCCAUCUUGGGCUGCCAUUGUUGACGGGCUCGGAGAUACGGAGCACGUUGAUCUGAUGGCAGAUUUGGUAUUACCUGCUCUAAUAGGGGCCAGAGUCGUGUGCAAGAUAUCAGUGCCAAGUGCUCAGGUACGUCCGAGAUAUAUCGCUACCCUGCUUAGUGGGCUACAUCAUAACCCCAUCGGUGGUGGCUAUGGCACACAAGUAAAUGCCAUUGGUGCGCAGCCAACCAUAGCCUCGGCCGUAGGCUCCAAAACUGGCAUAAUGAAGCUUUUCCCGGGGCGGGGCGCCUUUGCGGUUUACGACAAGAUUCCUCAGUCGGGGUUAAUCCGGGAGUGGUGUGUCCGCAACAUUGUGGGGGCUAACGGCACCCCGCCACUCGUCUACCCACUAGUGCCACGCGUCAGUCAAGCAACAAUGGGGCCAAAUUUCAAGAACCAACAUGAUGAAACAUCGUGCUUGGAUAUCAUUGAAGCUUGGAGUGCCGCGCAAGUGCUCUGA